CUUAUUUUUCUGCAGGAUCAUAUGAUGGUGUUCAUGUUAGAGCCAGGUCCACUUACGGUUAUCAUGGGCAUCAACAUGGUUAUAUAAGUUUUUCCUGCCAUUCAGACAUGCGUAUGUGAUGUGUGUGUGUGUGUGUGUGUGUGUGUGUGUGUGUGUGAAAGUAUGUUGUAUUUUCACAAGAGUGUGAAGGAUGCCUGCAGAAGGUUCCAAUUAUUCCUACACAUUACACAACCUCGUGAAUUGGUUCUAUAACACUGCUAUGUGUAAGUAAAGCCUUUGACACAGACAGUAUUAUAUUUCACUUUUCUCUGAGUUUCAUUGAAUUUAAAUAAUGUAUAAAAGCAACAACCCAUGUUUAUUAAAUAUUACAUAGUUAAAGACACAGACCUGCAUAUAUUUUGCAUCGUGUUUUUUCUUCUUCUGUCUCUUAUUAAGGAAAAGGUUAAUCAGUGUAUAAUGAUUUGGUCGAUUUGCAUAUACCAUUUUACUUCACAUGCUUUUAGCCCAAGCAACAUUCAGUUAAGACAGGAUACAUUCAUUUCCAAGCAUUUCAAGCAUAGAGCUGUGCAAUCAUCAGGAAAUCACAAAACUUCAGUUAUUAGCGGAGAACUUGAAUGACUGAGUAAUAAAGGAGCAGCGCAAUAAGAUGAGUACUGUGUGCUGAUGUCCUCCAGUGGUCAUAUACUGUAAUUGCCCACGCCUGUCUCCUCACGUUUAAUCACAAGGACUUGAUUUAUACACCAUGUUAACGAGGAACCACAGGUUUUUCUAUGAUGAAUGUUAGACCGUAUCCAAAUUUAAGCCUGUGAGUGAAGUGAGGAUAUGUGUUUCUGUGUAUGUGUUGACUGGACUGGUCUCACGUGUCCCAUUGUUCCUCUCUGUCAGUGACUGCAUUGUCACAGUGGUUAUAUUUGUGUAAUGGCUCUGUCAUUAUCUGUCUUCACUGCCUAGUCUUCUCAUCCUCUUUCGAUUCAACUCUAAAUGAGUAUAUUAGGUUUGUUAUAUAUGUGUGUAUUUAUGUAGCUACCACUAGAGUAAUCCCUCAAUCCUGCCAUUGUUAUGUAUUAUAGCACAGCGUUGUCAGGACAGAGAAGGGUAGAGUAAAAAGGGUAUAAACUGGUCCAUUACAAUGUGAAGUCUGUUUUUCUGUUCUGUGUAGAAUCGUGUGACAAUCAGCCUCUCUCUUGACCAUUUAAAAAGAUUCAGCUUCAGUCUCUCACCACCUGCUACUAUGUGCAACGUUCACAAAUUUAGAUUAAAAGUUUUGGGUUUUUUUUUUUUCCAUACUGCUGUUGCUUAAACAGUGCACAUGUACUGUACGCACACUUCAACCCUGACUUUUUCCUCUUAGUCCCAAAUUCAGACGGUGGGUGCGUUCCUCCUACUUUAUCAGGAAUCCAGCAGUGACAGCCAGGUCGUUGAGUCUAAAACGAGUCGACAGAGAUACAGAGAGAGGGAGAGGGAGACAGAGAGAGAGUGCAUGGAAAGAGCAGCUCGUCACACCACCAGCAGGCUGCACUGAGCUGAACACAGUAAAGACAAGCACAGCAGAAAGGUAGACAGACGGAUAGAGGGAUGGGGUUAGAGGAGGGGCUGCAGAAAAGGAUGAAACACCAGUCACUUUAAUGACAGUGUUCACACGGGUUUGACAAAUAGGGGGACUACUGUUAUGUGAAAGAUUUGGAAGAGCAGCUCUGGAGGAGGAUAUUGACUGCAUACUAGGUAAGAGCACCAACGGAGACUUUAGGAGCAUGAACAAGUAUAAUGUUCUUCCACAUUAUGGAGCCUCUAUAAUGGUCACUCGCAGCUCAAGGUUCAGUACCUGGCUGUGGACAUCAUCAAUGGAAAAUAAACAAAACAAGAACAGGAUUGUGAUGUAAAAGGCAAAAGAGGCCCCACCGAGUUUGGCAGAAGAGGAUGCUAGCAGUUUGUACAGUUUGACACAAUUGGAUGGGAAAACACACAGCUGUGUGAAAAGCACCACUGAAGACCCUACCGAGAUGAUGAAUGGACUAUGUCAAACCUUCCACACUGCAUAGUAAGACAAGAAGUGUUAAUAGCAAGGCUUGGCAAGACAUUUUUUCAGCAUUAAGAGAAGUAUUUGAUUAUUAAUAAAUCCACAUAAACUGAAGCCUGGAAAGAUUCAAGGGUUGCAAAAGAGAUAACUGCAUUACGUGACCACCAGUCAAGUCUGAAGUGAGGAACAGGCUCACAAACCUCUUAAUCAUCAUCAGAGAGCACCGAUCAUAUACCUCAGGUUGUUCUGGAAAGAACAGAACAUGGCAAAAAGUCAUUGAUCAGUCGGGAAAUCGAGGGAAUCCAGACCUGAGGGCUAUUUUAUGCUUUCUAAACAGAUGUGUCUGUUUUGGUGACAGGACUAGCAUGAUUCUGUCUGAACAGGAUCCUCUUCUAUAGCAAUUUAGGAAUGUUUUGGAGAUUAUAUUUGAGUGCAGAUGCUCAUGUCCAAGGAAAAGUGAGCAUAUACCUGUUUUUAGGCAUGACCCCAGUGGAGGACUGACCCUUGUACAUCCUGUCAAGUGGUGGUUGUGACUUUAGGCGGGGAUGUGGGCUAUGAGACGCUCAGUGUCGGGGGUUCCAGCCCCAGCUGGUAAGGAAUGGUGCUUUGAGUUCCCAGUGGGGGUGGACUGCAGUGACCCUGAGCCACGCUGUAUAUGGCUGGCGGCUUUGAGGAACUUAAAUGUCCAACAGAGUCAUGUACAUUUCAUCAAGAGGAACAUGCUGCACUGGCAUCUGCAUACGGCAAAAGGGCCAAGAGAUGGAGCUCUGUUGUCCAAUGAGAAUGCACGUCCAGUGUCCAGGGAAGGUGUGGCGUGGAAGGGCCCUCGUACAGUGGUCCUGCAGAAGAACUCUCAGGGCUUUGGGUUUACAUUGCGGCACUUCAUAGUGUACCCACCAGAAUCUGCCCUCCACACCUCUGUGAAGGAUGUAGAGAAUGGCAAUGGAAAAGGGAAUCAUAAGGGUCGCCUGGAGCCAAUGGAUACUAUUUUUGUGAAGAGCGUUAAAGAGAUGGGUCCUGCCCACCAGGCUGGGCUCUGCACAGGAGACCGACUAGUAAAAGUAAAUGGAGAGAGUAUUCUGGGGAAAACCUACUCUCAGGUUAUAGCACUAAUCCAAAACAGUAAGAGUGUGCUGGAGCUUUCCAUUAUGCCUAAAGAUGAGGAUGUACUCCAGUUGGCAUACUCUCAAGAUGCUUAUCUGAAAGGGAAUCAACCAUACAGCGGAGGGGCGAAAAACCUUCCAGAGCCUCCUCCAAUCUUCUACCCUCGCAGCAAACCCACCUCCUCCGGUAUGCCUGGCAACCUGAACUGCAGGCGUGGGUCAGCUGGUCUCAUAGACAGCCGCUCCAUGGGUGACAGUACUGCGGGUACAGGCCAACGCUUAGAUGUCCCAAGCCGCCAUACACUUCAUAACCAGCGUGCUCGCUCCUCAACCAUAGCCAUCAGCCCUCUGGAUUUUCACUUUGCCAACCACAGUGCGGCCAUCACCUCAGCCUCACUGCCCUACCAACGGAAGGGCAGCCUUCCACUGUCGCAGAGUGAGCUGUGUCACCAGGCCCUGGCUAAAUGGUACCACAGCCAGACAGAGCGCCCAGGCAUGUCCCACCACCACCGCAGCAUCUCUCAGGACACACUGCUAUGCCACUAUGGGACAGCCACGGGAGUCAACCAGUCCCCUUACAUAGACUCGUGUUGGAUGGGUAGAUGGGGUAUGACUGGGGCGCAUCAAUCAAACCUCUCCUGCUCAGAAAAUCUACUGCCUGCUUAUGCUGAAUACGAUAGCCAUGGGCGCUCGCUAGAGAAAUUGGACAAGGCCAUUGCAUUGGUUUCACCUCGUUUUGAGAAGUCGGCCUGUGCCCCACAGAGCGGUCAGCCAGUCAGAAAAGAAGAGCAGCCCUGCCUGACCAAUCAACAUGCAGUAAUUUGUGCAGAUGUGCCGCCCCUGGGCCGGGGAUUCAGCCAUGCCCAGGAUCAGACAGGCUCUCAGUCUUAUCAUUCAGCCCAGCCCAGAUGUUUGCCCACACAGACAGUAGAUGACCAGAUGGUGGGCUACCGCAGCUAUAGUCCCUCUUUUUGUCGCAAAGCAGGCCACCUCAUGCAGCAGGCUCACUCUUUUAAAGAUUCCUCCUACACUGGUCCUCACCUCAGCUGGACUACCACGCCUAAAACUAGCCCCCCAGAUAGUGCACCGUCUUCAGGCAGAGAUUCAUCCCCUCUGUCCAUGUCUUCCACUGCUGAGACGCAGAACUCUGCAAAGGAAAGCUCAGAUAGUGGACCAACAGUGGAGGAGCCUGUACAUGCACAGAUGCAAGAGGUAGUCCUCAGACAAAAGCCUCCCUAUGGCAAAAGUACCCCCCACGCAAUGCGCCACCCAAACUAUGCUGUGCCUGUGGAUCUACUCGAACCUCCUGUUGCCUCGGCUCCUGCGCGGUCCAAUGGCAACCUGCAAACCCUGCCUGUGGAGCAGGACUCCCUGGCUUCCAUUCCCUUUAUAGAUGAGCCCACCAGCCCCAGUGUAGACCUGCUUGCCCAGCACGUGCCCGCAUCCUCUGUGGUGUCCAGCAGCCUAUGCCAGGCACCUAUCCUGUCCAGCAGCCCUGUCCCUCCCUCCCUUACCUCCCCUCUCACCCAUCUCCUCGACACAGACUGCAGCACUGUCAAGAACAGCCGUCGCUCUUCCUACCUGCUGGCCAUCACAACUGAGCGCUCCAAGUCUUGUGAUGAGGGUCUGAACACAUUCAGAGAUGAUGGCCGUGUGUUUAUGAGAUUACCAAAAAGAGUCAAAAGCUUUUUUACAGAGGGUUCCCUCGAGAGUCUGCGAGUGGCAGAGGAAGCGCGCUCCAAACGCCACUCCACCUCUGAGCUCGGCAACAUCACGCUAACGGAUAUCAGAAAAGAGGGCUGGCUGCACUACAAACAGAUCCUUACAGAGAAGGGCAAGAAAGUUGGUGGUGGUAUGAGGCCAUGGAAACGGGUCUUCUCUGUGCUCCGCUCCCAUUCACUCUUUCUGUACAAGGACAAGCGUGAGGCAGUGCUCCAUGGAGCUGGGUCAUUAGGCCAUGGUGGUGGUGGUGGUGGUGGUGGUGGUGAGGAUGAGCAGCCCAUCAGUAUCCGUGGCUGCUUGAUUGACAUAGCUUACAGCGAGACGAAGAGGAAACACACACUACGACUCACCACACAGGACUUUUGUGAGUACUUGCUGCAGGCAGAGGACCGGGACGACAUGUUGAGCUGGAUCCGCAUCAUCCGUGAGAACAGCAAGACUGACAACGAAGAGCUUGGUUUUUCCAGACAGGCCCUCAUCAGUAAGAAACUAAAUGAUUACAGGAAACAAAGCCUAACAGGUACUAAGCCAGACACUUCUCCCAGAGUCCACAGGAUGAUGCAACCAUUUCUCCUCUCAAAGACGGACAGCAGCUCAGGAGUGAACCGAUCCCUAAAGACAGAGAGCAAAGAGGAGAGCAGUCCCCCUAAGGCUACAUGGAGUAUCAACAUUAUGAAAAAAGGAAAGAAAGCAGGUCCUAAGGCCUUUGGGGUUAGACUUGAGGACUGCCCUCCGGGAGCCAAUAAUAAGUUUGUGCCUCUGAUAGUGGAAACCUGCUGCAACCUGGUGGAAGAGAUGGGUUUGGAAUAUACAGGGAUCUACAGAGUGCCAGGGAACAAUGCCAUGGUGUCCACCCUACAGGACCAACUCAACAAGGGCAUGGAGAUCAACACUGCUGAAGAGAGAUGGCAGGACCUGAAUGUAAUCAGCAGUCUCCUUAAGUCUUUCUUUAGGAAGCUUCCAGAACCUCUUUUCACUGAUGACAAAUACAAUGAUUUCAUCUAUGCCAAUCGGUUAGAGGACGCUGGAGACCGGUUGAAGACAAUGAGAAAACUGAUUCGUGACUUGCCUGAUCAUUGCUACCACACACUUAAAUUUUUGAUCAGCCAUCUUAAGCGAGUGGCUGAUCACUCAGAGAAGAAUAAGAUGGAGCCCAGAAACCUUGCUCUUGUGUUUGGUCCCACACUUGUGCGUACCUCAGAAGACAAUAUGACAGACAUGGUCACUCACAUGCCUGACCGCUAUAAGAUUGUGGAGACUCUCAUUUUGCAUCACGCCUGGUUCUUCACUGACGAGCUGAUGGAUAAAGAUGAGAAGACCCCUGAAGACCAACGGGACGAGCAGCCCAUUCCAAAUAUCGACCACCUCCUCUCCAACAUUGGCCGAACAGCGCCACUGGGGGACGCCUCAGAUUCCACUAACAGCGAUUCAGCUAAAUCCAAGGGAUCUACGAUUUCAAAGAAAGAUGUGAGCGCCAAGGAUUUCCUUCCCCUGUCCAUCAUAUCUGCUGUGACCCGGAAGAGGAAGAAGCAUCGGAGUGCCUGCACUACAGACAGCAGUAGCGAUGAGGACUCCGAGCACGAGCCUGUGAAAGCCAGUAACUAUGGAGAGCUGAGCGAGAAUGUGGGGAAUGAGACGGAUGGAGGUCAUGAGGAGAGAAAGAUAGGGUGUGCGGCGCAAAGCACAGGAAGUCAGACAACAGAAGUAGAUGAAAAGGAUAUAGAAGGAAAACGGAUGAUGGAAGCGCACGAGGGAGGAGAACAGGAGGUAGAAGGGAGGGAGAGUACAGGUAGCCAGCAAGAGGACGAUGGUAUACGAGUGGAUGUCAGCGUGAGGGCACAGUUAGGGCAAGAGCAGCCACAGCGGCCUCGCAGCUUCCUCUAUUCCCACCAGAAUUCUCCAGCGCAGAGCGUCACAGACCAGUCAGCCAGCUCUCCCUCGUCCCCCUGCUCCAGCGAUGCCCACAGACUCAGCCAGGUCAAUUCAGCAAGCCGUAAGAAGCUGCGUGGGGAGAGGGCACGCCCUCGCUCUUUAUAUGAGGAACCAGGUCUGGAGCGGGCUGUGGGUCUUGCCCGAGUCAAAGCCUCACUUGUGCGCGGCCAAGAGAGGCUGCGUCAGGCCAUGUCCCCCAGCAGAGACCCCUCUGUCCAGCCGAGUUGGCUGAGUCAGGUACAUGCCAACUUCCUUUCCUCUGCCAACGACUUGUGGAGGUCAGGGACUCAGCGGCGACAUGCUUCCCCAGAGACGCGCCGCAGGCGGAGAGACUGGAGACGCCAUACAGUGGUGGGGAAUAGUGGGGAAGGCUAAACAGGGACAUCUAAACACCCUGAAUCCUAAUGCAUUAACACACUGAAGGCAAAUAAAGCACACUACUCAAAUAUCACGUGUGAAGGCAGAAGGUUCAAGUCUUAAAAAUGAAGGAAAGCUUGGCUAGAGAUGAAUCCAUUUCGGUUAUUAAUUGCAUAUUUGCACCAUGCCGAAAGCAAGUGUUUCAUUCACGUACCAUUUAUGCAAUAAAAGCUUUCGGCAUUCUGCACCGGUGCAACAAAUAACUCGAGGAGGGCACUUCAGCUGAAAGAGCAGGAUCCUCACUGCACAUCCGCAAGACUUUGCACUGCACCUUAUCAGCAACACCAAACACAAAAUGGCUCCCGACUUCAGGUGCAAUUAGAGAACUGUGGAGUAGCCAUAACAGUCAGUACAUGCUGCCACUCAUAAUUCAUCAUUCACACACCACGUACAUGCGUUGCUAAAAAGGGUCUGGUGUGAUUCACAAACGUGUCUUGUUCUCCUGCACCCCCCAACCGCACCUCCCCCCCCCCCCCCCAAAUAAACACAGUCUUCCCUUGUACGAGUGGAAAUGACAGUAUUACUUACACGCGGAGCGGUUGUGGCAAAAACAGCUGAAAGCAGCUGCACUGAAAUAUGACAUAACCUUACCUUCAGCUCUGGUGUGCCAAUCAAUCUCAUUCUUUCUCUUCUGUGUUUUGCCCUACAACACUUGUUCUCCUCUGGUGGCUUCGAGAAGCCGCCAUGACAGUUUUCUUUUUUAAUUCUGUUUGACCAGUUAUUACUGCCAACCUCAUGUCAUGUCAUGUAUGAGCUAACAUGUCUGUCCUGUGUGUUAUAUUGUCUUUGUCCUGUGCGUGUACAUUUAUACACUAUGUGGGUGAUCACGUGGACCAAUAUAUAUAUUUUUUUGUAACAGUUGUACAAAGCUUUACAAAGUUAACCUCCGUGUACAAACGACACAUGGUUGUUCUGAAUUGUCCAUUCUUUUUUUUUUUUUUUUUUAAACUGUUACAUAAAAGAUGUCUUAUUUCUA